AUGUCUGCAUCUAAUGGCAAUAGGGUACAGACCCUGCGCUCCCUCGUCCAACUCCUCGUCGACACCUCCGAGGUGGUCAUCAACGAGUGGGAGGCUGACGAGCAGGAUCCCCAACCUGUUGAUCACCUAGCGUCAAGUCUACCAUCCCACCAGCUGUUCGAAGUGCGCCGCAUCAUCGUUGCAGCAUGUGGCAUGUGCGUCGACUCGGACCUGGUAGAGGAUCCCCGCAUCCACCUUCAGGAGCUGUCGGAGAGAUUUGCACUGUCUCAGGCAUUUGAUACCACGGUUCGUGCGGGGGUACCGGACGUACUGGCAGAAGCAGUGUCGCUUUCUGGAAGUGUCUCUGCCACGGAGCUCAGUCAGCGCACGGGAAUCGAUGAGAAGAAGCUCGUGCAGCUGAUGCGCUUUCUGAGCUCUGGUGGACUGUACGAGGAGGUCAAACAUCUACAAUUCGCGAACACGCGUAUCAGCAGCGCCCUUCGGGACAAAAGCGUUCGUCGAACCCUUGCGUACUUGCCCCAAACUCUGCUCGAUCCAGAGACGACGAGUGCAACGGCCGUCACGGAGUCCGCGUUUCAUAAGGCGUUCAAGACGAAGCAGUCGCUCUGGGAUUUCAUCGAAGACGGAGACGACUCUGACGAAGCUGUCCGAGAAAUUCGCCAGGUAUUCCCUCUGUCGAUGGCAGGCCAGACCCAGUUGAGCUCGAAGUCAAUCGCCGCAGACUUCCCGUGGGAAUCUCUGGGAGAAGCCACCAUCGUGGACAUUGGAGGUGGCGUGGGCAGCAUGUGCAUGGAGCUCGCCAAAGUGUUCUCGAACCUCCGUUUCGACGCCGAGGAGCCGAAGGCGUUGGAAACGGGACGCGUGGAGCUCAUGGUCCAUGACUUCUUCAAGGAGCAGCCCGUGAAGGGCGCGGCGGUGUAUAUCCUGCGCUGCGUUCUGCACGACUGGCCAGACGACGACUGUGUCAAGAUCCUGACCAGACUACGCGACGCCAUGUCCCCCAACUCACGCGUCCUCAUCAUCGAGAUGAUCGUCCAUCCUCCCCUCGGUUCUAUCCAGCUCAAGUCCGCGCCUGCACCGCUACCUGCGAACUACGGUCGUGGAAGCCUGAUGAAGGGCAUGCACGACAUCGUCAUGCUCAGCAUGCUCAAUGGUAGCGAGCGUACGCCGGAGCAAUUCGAGGGCGUCGCAAACAGGGCGGGGCUGAGGACGGAGAAGGUAUGGGAGUGUCGCGCGCCUGUGGGAAUAACUGAGCUUCGGCGGCUCUGA